AUGUCAAAACGGUCAGAAAGUCAGAAGCGGGGAACUUCUCCGGUAAAUAAUCCGCCGGUAGGAACAAGCUGCGGUAUCUGUAAGAAGCCAGACGAUAGUCGAAUGGUUGCUUGUGAUACCUGUGAACAGUGGUACCAUUUCGCGUGUGUCAGUGUGGAUUCGAAUGUUGAGGAACGGGAUUGGAGCUGCGAAAAAUGUCUAGUUACAGCAGCUGAAGUCCCAACCGGCACAUCUACACCAGUGGCCACGGGGGGAGCGAUACCAAAGUCGAAUGUCAACAAGCUGCCGGAGACUAGUCGGGAUGAUCUGUUGCAGAAGCAGUUAGCGGCGAUGCAGAAAAGGCUGAAGGAGUUCGAACGUAUGAUGAAGGACAAAGACGACCAGCGUCUGAAGGAGCUCAGAGAUCAACAGAAGAAAUACGACCAGGAGCUGAAAAAUACGGAGCAACGUGUGCGAGAUUUGAUGAGAAACCAACUGCGAUCAACUGGUGUAAGUGGUAGCGGUUCAACAGCGAGUUCGACUGGCAAUCAAUCCCUGCAGGCUGGAGGUUCAAGUACGUCCGUUAAUCAACUUGAUGGAGUGCCGAGAGCGAGUUCGACUGGGAAUCCUCCUCCACAAAUCACCGUGAACCAGGAAGGCACCGAUCUAGCGCAAGAGUUGCAGCUACUACAAGAGAGGCAGGCAUUGGAAAGGAAGCAUCUAGAUGAACGAAGUGUACUACUACAACGGUACGCGAAUGUCGACGGAGGAGCAGCUGGAGGUUUCGGUUUGAAUCCUCAGACGAUGGCGUACCAACCAACUAGGAGCAGUCUCUUCGGCAUCCCAUCGCUUAGCCAAAGCCAAGUUUCAGCACGUCAAGCGGUAACCAAGGAACUUCCAAACUUUUCCGGGAAUCCAGAGGAGUGGCCGCUCUUCCUAGCAAGUUACGAGAACUCGACUAGAAUAUGUGGGUUCAGCGAUGAGGAAAAUCUUCUGCGUCUUCAGAAAAGCUUGAAGGGAAGAGCAUUGGAAGCGGUGCGCUGCCGGUUGCUUCAUCCUACGAAUUUACCAGGUGUGAUCUCGACGCUGAAAACCCUAUUCGGAAGGCCAGAGAUCAUCAUCCACUCAUUGGUCAACAAGGUUCGUGAAAUGCCAGCACCGAAGGCGGAGAAGCUUAAUACACUUAUAGACUUUGGAGUAGCAGUGCAAAAUGUCUGUGCCGCCAUUACUGCGUCAGGUCUGGACGAGUAUCUGUGUAACGUAGCCCUGCUCCAAGAGUUAACAGAGAAAUUGCCACCCGCUAUCAGAUUGAACUGGGCGUACCACCGUCAGCAGUUGAACGGAGUCACACUGUCGGAUUUUGGAGAUUGGCUGGGGAAUUUAGUCGAAGCAGCGAGCAUUGUCACGAUACCUUCCAUCAGUGGUCCCAAACCUGAAAGACGCAACCGGAAAGAAGAGAAUUACGUCAACGUUCAUACCGAUAGCUACGCAGUCAAGGAUGCCGCUUCGAAAGAUCGCCCAGCAGUUGCACUGAAGAGGUGUGCUGUUUGUUCGGAACAAUGUAGCGGUCCUGAAACGUGUCAGAAGUUCCUCGAUAUGGAUGUCGGAUCUCGGUGGACUAUCGUCAAGGAGCAGAAGCUUUGUAGAAAAUGUCUACGGAAGCAUUUCGGCGCCUGCCAGAUCAAAUCACCAUGCGGGAGGAACGGCUGCUCGUUCAUGCACAGUAAAUUACUACACGAUGAUAAACGUUACAGCAAACCCACCGUUCCUGAAUCGUCACCAAGCGGAAGUCCACCGGAGAGCUGCAACACACAUUCGAAGCCGGCAGCAAAGAUUCUUUUCAGAUACGUGCCUGUGACAAUUUAUGGCAAGGAGAAGCAGCUGACAACCUUUGCUUUCCUUGACGACGGAUCGUCGGCAACUUUAAUGGAGCAUAGUCUCAUGAAAGAACUCGGGCUCAAAGGCACAUCUCAUCCGUUGUGUCUCAGCUGGACAGGUGGCCAUCAGCGGAAGGAAGAAGAGUCGGUUGUCCUAGCGCUGAAGAUUUCUGGUACGCACGGCGCCAAACAAGUCUUCGAGCUCCCUGAGGUUCACACGGUUCGGGAUCUUUCUCUACCAAAGCAGUCGAUGCUAGUGUCACAGUUGACAACUAAGUACAACUACCUGACUGGGUUACCCCUGGAAUCUUACGACAGAGUUUCCCCCAGAAUCCUAAUCGGAAUGAACAACUGUCGGCUAGGACACGCCUUGAGAAGCAUCGAAGGAGGUGAAAACGAACCGAUAGUAUCCAAAACCCGACUCGGAUGGCUGGUUUACGGACGGUGUGAGAUGGCAUCCGGUGCAUCGACCGCUGACUAUAGUGGCUAUCAUAGUUUCCACAUUUGUCCAUGCGUUAAGGACGAGGAAACGCAAUUGAACGUGGCUCUUAAGAAAUACUUCUCGAUCGAUUCCUUGGGAAUCUCCGGAUCAUCUAAACCGUUACUCUCAAAGGACGAGGAACGAGCGAUGCAGAUCCUAUCAUCCGAAACGCGUUUCACUGGAGAGCGCUACGAAACCGGAUUAUUGUGGCGGUACGAUCAAGUGCAGUUGCCAAACAAUAAGGCAAUGGCGCUGAAGCGGUUGGACUGUCUGCAGAAGCGGAUGAAGCGAGACCUCGAGCUGGGUGCGGCAGUGCGAACGAAGAUGGCUGAAUAUGAAGAGAAGGGCUACAUUCGGCGGCUUUCAACGGCGGAGAAAUCGCAGAAGCAUUCGAAUGACUGGUACUUGCCAAUUUUCCCGGUAAUCAACCCGAACAAACCAGGGAAGAUACGUAUCGUGUUCGAUGCGGCAGCGAGAGUUAACGGUGUCUCUUUGAACUCAUUUCUCCUUACGGGACCAGAUCAGUUGGUGUCGUUGCUUAGCGUUCUCUUCAAGUUCCGAGAAUUCCGCGUCGCAGUUGUGGGAGACAUCCGAGAAAUGUUCUUUCAAGUCAGGAUGAAAAAGCAAGACCAACGAAGCCAGAUGAUAUUGUGGAUCAGCGGAGAUCCUGAUGAAGAACCGGAGGUGUACGUGGUGCAAGUAAUGACGUUCGGUGCAGCAUGUUCACCGAGUUGCGCGCACUACGUUAAGAACCAGAAUGCGGACAGAUUCGUGGAAGAUUAUCCAAGGGCAGUCGAGUGCAUCAAACACGAACACUACGUCGAUGACAUGUUGGCCAGCGUUGAGACUGAAGAGGAAGCGGUGAAAUUAGCGAGCGAAGUCCGAUCCAUUCACUCACAGGGUGGCUUCGAAAUACGUAACUGGUUGUCGAAUUCAUCAGCAGUCGUCAAGCGUUUACACGAAACCAGUACCACAGAGAAGGACAUGAGCCUUUGUGCGGACAUGGCAACAGAAAAGGUGCUAGGCAUGUGGUGGGAUACUGCCACCGAUUCGUUUACGUUCCGAAUCUCACCGAAGCACAACGUGGAGUUGCUUUCCGGAAGCAGGAUGCCUACCAAACGAGAAGUCCUGCGUAUGUUGAUGGCGAUUUACGAUCCUAUGGGACUCAUCUCCAAUUUCCUCAUCUACUUGAAGAUCCUACUGCAGGAAAUCUGGCGUGCCGGAUGCGGCUGGGAUGAUGAAAUCAACGGGAAGCUAGCCGAAAGAUGGAUAACCUGGGUAGAAGCGUUGCCGAACGUCCGACAAGUGAGCGUACCUCGCUGUUACCGCAAUGCGACGUCUGCUGAAUCUACGAAUACCGUGGAAUUGCAUAUUUUCUGCGAUGCGAGCGAAAACGGAAUGGCUGCCGUGGCUUACUUCAGGUUCGAAGAAAAGGGAAAUACGGAGUGCGCGCUGGUUGGCUCAAAAACAAAGGUGGCCCCUUUGAAAUUCCUCUCGAUUCCGCGACUUGAAUUGCAAGCGGCCGUAAUAGGCGCUCGUCUAGCUGAAUGUAUCACUAACUCACACCGAAUGAAAAUAUCGCGACGGGUUUUCUGGACCGACUCCAGGGAUGUGGUAUGUUGGCUCCGUUCUGAUCACCGACGCUACAGCCAAUUUGUGGCAUUCAGGAUCAGCGAGCUACUAGAUACAACACAAGUAAACGAGUGGAGAUGGAUUCCGACCAGAAAGAACGUAGCUGACGAUGGGACGAAGUGGGCACGGUUGCCAGACUUUCAGCCAAACAGUCGUUGGUUCCGUGGUCCCGAUUUUUUGUGGGAACCUGAAAGUGAAUGGCCUGGCGACGGCGGAGAUCAAGGAUCAACCACGGAAGAAAUCCGUCUCAGCGUUCUUCAUCAUACAAUUACCGAACCUUUGUUAUAUUUUGAACGCUUCUCCAAAUGGAAACGGCUGUUGAGGACAGUUGCAUACGUUCAUCGCUUUGUGGUGAAUCUUCGUAAGCAUAUCAAUAGAACGGCCACAGAACUUGGUCCGCUAACGCAGGAGGAGUUGAAUCGUGCCGAGAGCAUCAUCUAUCGACAAGUUCAACAGCAAGCUUACCCGGACGAAAUCCAACUGAUCUGCAGCAGUAACCCAGGGGUGCAGCCAUGGGAGCGUACCUUGCCGAAGACUAGCCCGCUAUAUAAGCUCAGCCCAGUCAUCGAUGAGCACGGUGUUCUACGGAUGCGUGGACGUAUCGAUGCUUGCGAGUAUGUAGAUGAAUCUACCAAGAAUCCGAUCCUUCUGCCCAGGCGCAACUACGUAUCCGAUCUAGUGCUCGGCGACUACCACGCUAGAUACCGUCACCAGAAUCACCACACUGCGCUGAACCAGAUUCGACUAAAGUACAACAUUCCCCGUCUCCGUACAGAGUUCGAACGAGUUCGCAGAAAUUGUCAGCGUUGCAAAAUUCGGCAAGCGAGUCCCAGGCCUCCAGCAAUGGGGAACCUCCCAGCUGCCCGGUUGGCACCAUUCCAGCGACCGUUUUCUUACACCGGAGUCGACUAUUUCGGGCCGAUGCCAGUGAUAGUCGGCAGACGUACCGAGAAAAGAUGGGGAGUACUUCUCACCUGUAUGACAAGCAGAGGCGUGCACAUUGAAAUAGCACAUUCGCUGACGACAGACUCUUGCAUCCUAGCGCUACGCAAUUUUAUUGCUAGAAGGGGUCCACCGCUCGAGAUGAUUAGCGAUCGAGGAACGAACUUCAUCGGAGCCUCGAGGGAGCUGCGCGAAGCUCUGAAACUCGUCGACGAGAAGAAACUGAUGGUCGAGUUCGUCGGUCUUAACACCAAGUGGACGUUCAACCCUCCGACCGCUCCACAUUUUGGUGGAUGCUGGGAGCGCCUGAUCCAGUCUGUCAAGAAGACCAUGAACGAUUUCGACCCCCCGCGUUUGCCUUCGGAUGAAAUUCUUCGUUCCAUGUUAAUGGAGAUCGAGAUGAUAUUGAACACAAGACCGCUCACUGACAUACCUCUAGAUAAUGACACUGACCCCCCCUUAACACCGAACCACUUUCUGUUAGGUUCUUCGGAUGGGAGUAAGCCCCCAAUCAUUUUCGACGACAGUCCCACUGUGCUGAAGCGAUCGUGGAAGAUGGCCCAGGUAUACGCCGACAACUUCUGGAAGAAGUGGAUUGACGAGUACUUGCCUACGUUGACACGCAAGACAAAGUGGUUUCAACCCGUAAAACCUAUCCAGGAAGGUGAUCUGGUGUUGAUAGCUGACUCCAAGCUUCCGAGAAACUGUUGGCCGCGAGGACGCGUGGUCAAGGCAGUUCAGGCAACCGACGGACAGGUUCGGCGCGUGACCGUUCAGACGUCGAGCGGACUUCUGGAGAGACCAGCGACCAAGAUUGCGGUGCUAGACGUCGGUGCAAACGGUGGUAAGCCACUCGAACAACAGCGGCGUACCGAGGGGGAGUGUCACAACCCUGUGCCUUGUGACGCACCUCUCCUACCACAACAACCUCGGUGGCAGAAUGCACCACAAAAACCUCGCCACCAGAAUCCAACUCCGACCGUGGUUUCCAGCUGUCAAACGCGAUGA